AUGUCCUCUUGGAUCUCCAAGGCGACUGAGUCUCGCAAUGCACAGCUCAUUACAACCGCAGUGGUGUCAGGUGCGGUAGUUGCAAGCACCAUUCUCGGAUUUCAGCAAGCCAGGCGCAUGUACAGAGUCGCGGAGCUGAAAGGAUCGAUACCAGAUAUUGAUGAUGCGCAUCACGCGCAGAGAUUGACUGAAUACGGUGCUGCAUCCAGUGUCUUCGCUCCCAGCAAAGAAGACGAGCGGAGUACGGCAUUGGCUGCAAGAGCAAGGAAGGGCGACUAUGACGACGACCUUAUCCUCGAACAACUGGCCAGGAACAGGGUCUUUCUCACCGAUGAGGGUCUAGCAAAGCUAAGGAAUGCCUUUGUCAUUGUGGUCGGAUGCGGUGGCGUUGGCUCGCAUGCUACGGCAGCACUCGCACGGUCAGGAUGUGCCAAAAUUCGACUGAUCGACUUCGACCAAGUCACGCUCUCUUCACUCAACCGCCAUGCUGUUGCGACACUUGCGGAUGUCGGAACCUCCAAAGUACAUACUCUUCGCAAGAGGCUCGAGCAAAUCACUCCUUGGACCCACUUCGAGUGCCGCAACGAGCUCUUCGGUGAGCAAACCGCUGCAGCGCAGCUAGCAGACCUUAAUGGACAGCAACCAGACUUUGUCAUCGAUGCCAUAGACAACAUCGACAGUAAGGUAGCCUUGCUGAACUACUGCUACAAGAACAACAUCAAGGUCAUCUCUUCCAUGGGUGCAGGAUGCAAAUCGGACCCAACGAGGAUAUUCAUUGGCGAUAUCUCCGCAAGCACAGACGACCCGCUGUCCAAGUCGACACGAAGGAAGCUGCGUCUGCUGGGUGUCAACGAUGGCAUACCAGUCGUCUUCUCAACCGAAAGACCUGGUCCGGGAAAGGCUGAGCUGCAACCGCUAGCCCAAGAAGAAUUCGCUAGAGGCAAUGUUGGAGAGCUUGGCGUGCUCGCAGACUUCCGAGUCCGCAUCUUACCUGUGCUUGGAACUAUGCCGGCCAUCUUUGGUCUUGCAGUCGCAAAUCAUGUCAUCCUUGCCAUAUCUGGCUACCCACACGACUACCUGCCUUCCAAGUCUCGCGACAAGAUGUACGAUGGCAUCUUGGGCGCUCUCCAGGGGUCAGAGGAACGCCUAGCCAAAACGCUCUUCAUACACGAUGCACAAGGAUUGAAGAUCCCCAUCACACAGAGCGACGUCGGCUAUCUCGUAGAAGAGGUAUACAAUGGACGUAGCAUCAUCAGCAGUCUAUCCACCCGCCUGCAGCUGAGCAGAUGGACAAAACCGACAGCAAAUUUCGUCGACGAAAGCACACCAGGGCAAAAAGCGAGCACAGUCAAGAUGAAUCAGUUGGUCUUGAUGACCAAAGAGGAGGCUGGCAGGCACGAGAAGGAGGUGCUCAAGGGCGAUAAGAAGCUUGAGGAGCUGUACGAUGCGGAUGUCAUAGAACGCGUCAAUAAGAGGCUGCAAGAGGAGGGACAAUACGAACGUUUCAAAUAGCUCGCACUUACCAUUGCGAAGCACUUUUCACGUCAAAAAUAAUCACCACUCUACCAAUUCCGAGCAUCAUAUUCACCCA